CAUCAACUCGAGCCAUCUCGGGGGCCCUCUUACGCGUAUGAACUCGGGGAGUCCUCUUGACCAUUAUUUCUAAAGAAGACCCUGCAGAGAAGAGAAAAACAGCUUCGAGCUCUCAGUCACCUCUCUUUAAAUCUCGAGGCUCUCAUAUGAAUAUAGACAUAUGCAUAUGCAUGUGCGCAAUAUAUAAAAUAAAAUUAAUCAUUUAAUUAAGUUCUAACGAAAUUUCAAUAUUUUGAACUCGUUGACCUGUAAAGGGUUCGGGGCAUCAUCUCAUCUCAUCUCAUCUCAUCUCAUCUCCUCUUAGUAUUUGUUUCUUCCCUCCCGAGCCAAACCUUAGAAGAUUAUGCCCAGAACUGAUCAAUUGUUGACCCAUCAAUGGCAGAUCCCCGGACUGCUCGUCUUUUUGACAGUUUCAGAGAUCAUCUCCACAUGCCAUGGCGAUGUCGGAACUGCCGCCCAGUACAACCCUCCAUACGUUCCGACGGAAUGCUACGGGAAUGACCCGUCUCAGUUCCCGUCUAGCAACCUCUUCGGUGCAGCCGGGGAGGGGAUAUGGGACAACGGGGCGGCGUGCGGGAGGCAGUACCUGGUCAGGUGCAUCAGCGCCUCCGAGGCCAACACUUGCUUUCCCGGCCAGAUGAUACAGAUUAGGAUCCUUGAUUAUGCUCCGGUCUCUGUUUCGCGGCCCACGGUUGAUGGAGCCACCCUCGUCCUGUCAAACACGGCCUUCGGAGCUAUUGCCAACUCCUCCGCAGAAUCAGUCAAUGUAGAAUUUCGACAGGUCUGAUCGAUAUAUGGACAAUCUUGAGGGCGGGCUUGGUGCUUAAUUGCUCGAGUCUCCCUCUUAAUUUAUCAAAUCUUGGAAAGAUUCCGGUCGUGAAUAUCGUUUUUAAGUUUAUAUGAUGCCGUGAGCAGUUUCAACAUCGACGUGAUUGUUUAUUUGUAGAGUCUUCUUCUUUUCUUUCCUUAAAACGUAAAAUGAUGAUUAUCAAUCGAAUCAAGAGUCCACUUUUUGCUUUUAA